GGGUCGAGUCAGCCCUUUCCCGGCUGGAAGUGUGAUUUCUGUUGAGCGUUGAGGUUAGACUGGAAGUGGUGUUGUGUAGAGAAUGGGGGGCGAGGCGCACCGCGGGUCGGCAGGCGAGGCGCGAGGCUCGUGGCGUGAGGCUGGAGGUCAAGGAUGCAUUCCAAGACAGUUCUAAAAAUAUGUCACCAACUCCAACCUUAUAGUUGACCUAGCCAUGGAAAACCUCAUUGGAACCUCACAAGAUCAGACCAUACUGGCACUCUUAAAAACCCUGCCUAUCAAAAAGUAUCAGGAAUGAAAAUCAGGAAUGAUAUAUACCUACCACUUCAAGAAAGUUUCUGUAUCAGCCAACAGUUUAGCAGGUCAGCUAGUUUCUUUGAUCAUCAAGCAGACGUAGUCAAGCCACUAACACAAAAGAGGAAAACGUCUCUAUAUCAGUGUUUUUCACAUUAUGCAUGUGACCCAUUUAGUAGGUCAUGAAAUCAAUUUUGUGAGUCAUGACGAACAUUUUUAAAAACAAAAUAAACUAUAAAAUAUCAGAGUGCUUUACAUGAAUCCUUUGCCAGAAUUAUACACCUUGCAAGGAAUACUAAGAAAGAGGAAUAAUGAAGCAAAGUAUGCAGAAGCAUGUUCAAGUUCUACUGCUGGAUCUGGAAGUAUGAAUAGUGACAACAUUGAGAAAACUAUUGACUCUAAUCUGCAGACAUCAACUUCGUUUGAGCCACGUUUCAAAAAGAAAAAAGUAACUGCAAGGCGUUAUAAUGAAGAUUAUUUAAAAUACGGUUUUAUCAAAUGUGAAAAACCCUUCGAAAAUGACAGACCUCAGUGUGUUAUUUGUAAUAAUAUUCUUGCAAAUGAAAGCUUAAAACCUUCAAAAUUAAAAAGGCACUUAGAAACACAGCAUGCUGAACUUAUUGAUAAGCCUCUUGAAUAUUUUCAGAGAAAGAAAAUAGAUGUAAAGUCAUCAACACAAUUUCUUAGCUGCUCUACUACUGUUAGUGAGAAAACCUUAUUAUCAUCAUAUUUAGUUGCAUAUCGUGUGGCAAAAGAGAAAAUGGCUCACACAGCUGCUGAAAAAAUUAUUCUUCCAGCAUGUUUGGAUAUGGUGCGUACAAUUUUUGAUGAUAAAUCUGCUGAUAAAUUAAAAACGAUUCCUAGUGAUAACACAAUAUCUCUUCGAAUUUGUACAAUUGCCAAACAUUUAGAGGCAAUGCUUAUUACUCGGUUACAGUCGGGAAUAGAUUUUGCAAUCCAGCUUGAUGAAAGCACAGAUACUGGAAGCUGCACAGCACUUUUAGUCUAUGUCAGAUAUGCGUGGCAAGGCGAUUUUAUGGAGGAUUUUUUGUGUUGUUUAAGCUUAACCUCACACCUAAGUGGAUUAGAUAUUUUCACAGAAUUAGAAAAGUGCAUUGUUGGUCAGUAUAAAUUAAACUGGAAAAACUGCAAAGGAAUUACAAGUGAUGGAACAGCAAACAUCACUGGAAAACAGAGCAGAGUAAUUAAAAAAUUGCUAGAAGUUACUAGUGGUGCGUGGAAUCAUUGUUUUAUACAUCGUGAAGCAUUAGCAUCCAGAGAGAUUCCACAGAAGCUCAUGGAAGUAUUGAAAAAAGCAGUGAAAGUUGUUAACUUUAUUAAAGGGAGCUCACUAAACAGCCGACUUCUUGAAACAUUUUGUUCGGAGAUUGGAGCUAAUUAUACCCACUUACUGUAUCACACCAAAGUUCGUUGGUUGUCUCAAGGGAAAAUACUGAGCAGGGUUUACGAACUCAGGAAUGAGAUCCACAUUUUUCUCAUUGAAAAGAAGUCUCAUUUGGCAGCUAUUUUUGAGGAUGAUAUUUGGGUAACGAAACUGGCAUAUUUAACUGAUAUUUUUGGCAUCCUUAAUGAACUACGUUUAAAACUACAGGGGAAAAACAGUGACAUAUUCCAACAGGCCGAACGUAUCCAAGGAUUCCAGAAGGCGUUACUGUUGUGGCAAGCGAGGCUUAAAAGCAACCGUCCUAGCUACUACAUGUUUCCAAGGUUUUUGCAGCACAUUGAAGAGAAUGUUAUCAAUGAAAACAUUUUGGAAGAAAUAAAACUAGAGAUAUUGUUGCACCUCACUUCUCUCUGUCAAACCUUUAACCAUUUAUUCCCAGAAGAGAAAUUUGAAACAUUAAGACAGAAUUGUUGGGUAAAAGAUCCGUUUGCUUUUCGAAACCCAGAAUCAAUAAUUGAGUUAAACUUGGUGCCUGAGGAAGAAAAUGAAUUAUUGCAGCUCAGUUCUUCAUAUACAUCGAAGAAUGAUUAUGAAACACUAAGUUUAUCAGCAUUUUGGAUUAAGAUAAAGGAAGACUUCCCUUUGAUAAGCCGAAAGAGUAUCCUGCUGCUCUUACCAUUCACAGCAACUAGUUUGUGUGAACUAGGGUUUUCGGUCUUAACCCAGUUAAAAGCAAAGGAAAGGAACGGAUUAAAUGGCGCAGCAGAUAUGCGAGUAGCAUUAUCCUCCUGUGUUCCAGACUGGAAUGAACUUAUGAACGGGCAAGCACACCUACCACGUUAAAUAAAUAUAUAUUUUUUUUAAAUUGGAGUAUAGUUGCUUUACAAUGUGUAAACAAAUCUUACCUGGUUUUUGUUUCUGCAGUUCUUAUUUUGUGAUUUUUUAUCUGUUGUAUUUAAAUGUUAAUACAGCAGUGUAUGUGAUAACUUUGUUUUUAUUUUUGUUAUAUUUUAAUACUAAUAAAAUCAUAAUGUAAUUUUAUGUUCAUUGAACAAAAAUUUAAUGAACUUCUAUUAGAGGUGAGGUACCAUUCUAGACACAUUUGGGAUACCAAAUAAAGAAAACAGACCAUUCUCUAGUGGAGCUUAUGUUCUGUCAAGGAGAGAGAGAGACAGUAAACAUAAUAAAUAACCUUUAUAAUAUUUAGAAGAUAAUAAGUGCUAUAGAAAGUAAUAAGAAAGGAGGUCAGGGAACUAUUUGGGGACCAAAUCAUGAAGGGCUCUAGACCAUUAUAGGGGCUCUGGAUUUUUGUCAGUGAAAUGGAGAGCAGUUGGGUUCUGUGGAGGAAAGACAUGAUGUGAAUUAGGUUUUAAAAAACUCACUCUGACUUCUAUUUUGAGAAUAGAUUGAAUUAUAUGUUACUUCUUUAAAGAGGUCUUUCCUAACCACUUUAGUUUGGGUACAUCCUUCUUUAUUCUUCCUUUUAUUUCUUUGUUUUCUUGGUCGUAUGUAAUUUGUAAUAUUUGUAUUUAUUUAUGUGAUUACUAGUUCUGUCAACCUGCCACCUUGGAAUGAAUGCUCCAUAAGAGCAGAGAUCGUGUCAUCUUGCAUGAUGCAUAGCAAAUGGAUAUCCCAUUUACAUUUGCUGGAGAAAAAAAUCAAUAACAUCUAAUACCUGUAACAUGAGGUCAUAUUCCCAGGAAUAAUAAUUAAAUGUAUGGCAAAUUUCUUCGCCGUUUUUACAUUUUAAAAUCUGAUUUUGUCAGAUAAUCUCUAUAAGCAUCCCAAAACGGCAUUGAUUGAUGUUGCUUCCUCACAUCAUUGCUGAAAAUUAAGCAAUUUAAUUGCUUAAUAUGUCUUCUUCAAACUAAUUUCAACUUCUGCCUCUCUUUACAUAUUUCCUGACCCCGCUGGGUGAUGUUUCUUUGGGUGUGGUCUUUCUCUAAAAUCAUAUAGGUUAGCAGAAAUAUUUGAUUUUUCAGAUUUUCUAUUCUAUUAAAGGUAAUAGAUUUUUCCCCCUUGGUGCUUAAAAUACAGUUGGAAGACAAUUUUCCAUGAAUAGCUCACACUUCUGCACAGUCUGGAUCCUCUGAUUGAAAGUAUUUGCAUUUAAGUUAAGAACACUUGUGUAAGGGGACAUUCCAGAAUGGUGAAACUAGAGACAUUUUCCCAAGAAACAUCCCAGGGAAAUAAAGAUAAAGCCUUUUCCUACCUCCCUGGAGACAUUUGCGUGCAUUCCAGGAGUAAUGAGUUAAUCUCCCUGUAGGGAAGGGUGAGAGGAUGUACCAGCAGCCCCCACUGUGUGCAGAGCUAACACCUGUGGGAAUUGGGGCAUGGGAAACCAACCCACAAUGCUGAUCUGGCUCCUUUUUUUUUUUUUUUUGGCUAUGAGUAAUAAAUUGUAUCUCUGA